AUGUGCAGGUACAGUUUGACGUGGAGUGUUUGUAACGGCGCCCUGAGAGAGACGUUCAGAGGUGGCUCAGCCUGGUUUUGAUUCCUCUGCUGUCAGAAAGCUUUCAGCGUGUGUUCGUGUCCCAGGACUAAUGGCUUCAAACUGCCCCUCUGCCUCCGAGGUGAGGCCAAACGGGGAUUUUUCUAAUUCUCUCCCUGCUGUCGUGGCCUAAAAAGAAACGUCUGAUGUUCUGCAUGAGGGACAAAUCCCGUUUGCGUCCGCCGCAGAGACCUCGAUCCUCCCGGCUGACAGUCAACACUGACACCCGUUUGAUAAUCCCCUUAGUUUAGGCUGAGCGAGCACGCUCAGGGCCGGCGUGCACGGUUAAGCUCGGCGGUCUGAGGAAGAAUAAAUAUUAGGUGAUAAGGUUAAAGAGAUAAUCCGGCGUAUGACUUAUUUAUAAACGAGCCGCGAGCAAAGUCAGGCCGAAUGUCAGACUCACAGAGAGCAGGUUUGGAGCAGAUUCUAGGGUUCGUUUCUCCAGCAGCUGGUCCAUCACUGUGGAUGAAGGAUGAACCCGAACACAAACAAUCCUGCAGAUUCUGAUGAGACGUGCCGACUGCUCUUUGGGAUUAUGAAUCUGCAACUCUGCGUCUGGACUCAAAGAAACGCUGUGAAUAAGAAACACGAACUUCCUCAGAUCAGACUCAGUUUUUUAAAAAUUGGCAAAAAAAAAUGAUCACGAUAUAUUUUGUCAUAUCGUCCGAUCUCGGUUAUAAUCACGAUUUUUUUCAAACUGACAGUUUUAAAGCAGCUGUACAAAAAACUAAAGAAACUGGAGAUUAGUUCAACAUUUUAUUAACAUACGAAGUAAAUGUAGGAGCUUUAAUGUCGCUUUGCUGAUCGGUUAUCCUGUGUUCAGUUACUUUUGUCUGGUUGCCGUUGGUUUCGCUGGGUUUGGGUCACAUGGGCGCUGUGUUUGAGCCGGUAGGUUAUAUAAGGGGCGGUCUUACCUGCACCGGGGUGGAGAGGUGAGCCAAGGUCGCUGUAAUUUUUGUUGACUGCGCUUUAUGUUCUUUGUUUGCAACGAUACACGUCGCAGAGUGAACACAUAUUCUAUCUGAUGUGUGCAGUGGCGACUGCAGAAGCGUUUUUCUGAUAUUAAAGCUCCGAAAACUUCGCUGAACUGUGGAUUCUUCUUUGGAUCAGCAGCAGCAGCAGCGUGUCACGCAAAUAUACAGGACCUGUCCUCUGCCUUAAGUGACUUUUUUAAAGGUACUAAGAGAGCUGUAGUAGUAAAUAACAAAGCACAUUGAAUAAGAUGAAAAAAUAUAAAAACAUUUUAACUCAACAGAACAACAAACGUAGAUAAAUACUGACAGAGGAGAAGAGUCUGGCAAUAGUAUAGAUAAUUUCACGUUUUGAUUUUGCCUUAGGCGGCUCUUUGGCGCCCUGUAUUAAUAGGUCGUAGACCAGGUGAGGGAGUUCAGGGAGGUUCUGGUCGGAGCGGUUUUGUUGACAGGAAGUUUAGAUUUGACCAGAGCCGAGGUCAGGGUUAUCGGAGAGAGGGAUCAUGUUCUGGUUUUGGUCGGUCUAAAACCAGGCUGUUGUGUUCUGGAUCUUCUGUAGAGGUUUGAAUGUGCGUGCAUGAAGGCGUGCCAGUACGGAGUUGCCGUAAUGACAUCCAACAGUGAGCGCCCUCUGCUGUCUGAAAGCGGUAUUAAUCGUUAUUGUUCCUCUGGUUAGUUUGAAUCGUUCCUAAUCUGUUUGUCAAAGAACAGCUGAACAUUCAGGUCGAGUUUUCAUCCACUACAUGUCAGCCUCAGGGGGGCGCUGUCAGGGCGUUCUCCUGCAUCAUUUCCUUCCUGGCUCUGCGUCUGAGUGCGAUCAGCGAGCCGUCAGAUCUCCAUCUGCAGACGCCCCUCGUCUCUGAUGAAUCGCUCAUCAGGAAAAAUCACCGCGCCGCCGCCGCCGCCGCCGCCGCCGCCGCUGCUGCCUGUGGACCUCUAAUGGAGAAACAAAUGACUCUGUGA